AUGGCUUCGGAGUUUAUUGGCUACGAUGUACUUGUGACCCUACAGGUGCCGCCCGGUGGGAAGCUCCAAGGGCAAGUUGCUGAUGUGAUCGGCCAGACGUUGCUGCUCAGAAAUGUGACCCUUUUAUGGAGUGGUCAGCAACACGCUCAAUUCUCCGUGGACGCGUCAGCCAUCGUCGAUCUGAGUCUGGGUUCAAGCAAGCCCGCUCCUCCACCUACUCACCCAGCAACGCGGAUCCCUCCGACACAUGUGCCUGUACCCGCCUCAAAUCCUUCAGCGCAAGACUUUGCAGACCCAGCGAUCUUGAGCUUUACGAAGCCCCCCACGCAGCGACUCGCGCAACCCACGGCGACUCGUCUUCCCUGGAAUUGCACAGGGGACGGCCGUCAAGUCCCGAUCGAGAACGAUUCCCAUAUCGUGCCAAGCGUGACCACACCCAUCAAGCAGACGCAAAAGCGGAAUCGCCAAGGAAGUCACGGCGGAUUUGUCAAACAUGGCGCGGCAGCAAGCACAAACCCAAAGAGCAAAGGCUGGCGUCAAACGGCUUUUGUGGAACCAGCGACCUCGGUCAACACCAGAUCGCCGGAGCACGGUACACAGCCAAGCGCCAAGCUUCGCAAGAAGAAAUCGCGCCGUCCGUACGCUGAGGAUGCAAGUGGAUGGGCCACUGAGGAUGCUACUGACAUUCAAGAGCUUGGCGAGUUUGAUUUCCAGACCAAUCUUUCCAAGUUUGACAAGCGAAGUGUGUUUGAGCAAAUCCGCAACGAUGAUACCACUGCCGAUGAGGCCCGCCUUGUGAGCUUCAAUCGCCGACCCAAGCCAGGUACAAAUGGCGGGAAGAACCUCCAUUGGACGGAGAAUGUGCUAGACAGUCCUCCCAACAGUGAUACCGCGGAUGAUAUUGCAGGUGCAAGUGAUGCCAGACACAGCAGUGAGAAUAUCUCCGGACGCGAGCGCUCCAGAGCUCCUGCCCACGUGCAGAUGUCUCGCAAAGGUAGCGCUAUCAUGGCUCAGCCCAUGGUACCUCAGAUCAGUGCGCUGGGUCGCAGUCAGCUUGGCACAUCUCGGGCUGCUAGUCCUCGUCCAAGCCGGUCAUCUGGAUCGCCGAUGGUGGGCGUUAAUCCGACUGGGGCAACGCUACGACUCACUACCACCAACCGCAGCUGUCCCACCGUGAGCCCGUUGCAGACACUUGAGGUUGAGCAGAUUGCAGUCGCGGAAUUUGGGUUGUCAGAAGACAUCUUGACUGAGAAUGCGGGAAGGGGUAUCGCAGAAGCUGCUGUCUCCCUACUUUCAAAUGAUGCGGCUGCUCCAACCAUCCUCAUCAUCACUGGAAACCACCGCACUGGGGCUCGCGCAAUUUCCGCUGCUCGUCAUCUCCGCAACAGGGGUCAUCGGGUUUCGGUAUGCUUGCUUGGACUGGAGCAUGACGAAGAGUUGCUCGAAAAUUGUCGCCGGCAAAUGGACAUCUUCAGGAAAAUUGGAGGGCGGGUUCUCAAGUGGGAAGACUUGUCCGCGCGUCUUGCCACCGCUGAUCUGACUCCUGACCUGGUGAUUGAUGCCCUGUUUGGAAUGCAUCUCGCAUUCGAUGACCUUCGCACGGACGUCCAAGGCAUUGCCUUUGAAAUGAUUGCCUGGGUGAAUCGCAGCGAUGCCGAGAUUCUCUCAGUCGACGUACCAUCGGGGAUGUCCGCGUCAAGUGGUGAAGUCACAAUGGCAGAUGGAGGACGGCUCUGCGUCAAUGCCUCGUCGGUAGUCUGUCUCGGCGCGCCCAAGGCCGGAAUUCUCAAUGCAUUGCUCUCUGGCGAAGGAGAUGCUUGGAAUCUCACAGUGGCUGACAUCGGCAUUCCGCAGAUAGUCUGGCGAAAGUAUGGCACCCGUCGCCGACAUGGCAUUGACUUUGGAAACCGCUGGGUAGUCCCCCUUCGGCUGCACACAUUGGCAGGAUGA